GACAGAAAGCCCGUUAUCCAGGGUGUGGGGCCGUUCGGCGCAUCCAACACCAAGCGCCGGGACGACUGGGUACCCGGCACCAGAAGGGUUCUGAGAGACGAGGGACGACGAUGGCGGCGGCACCAGAUACGAUGGUGAAGACGACUAUGACAAGAAUGAAGACGGUGAUGAAGAUGACAACGGCGGCUACAACGGCAGCAACGGUUCCGAGGAUUCUACCUCGGACGAGGCCACGCCCGACGGCGUAACGUUUCGCAAGGAGGGAAAGGUGCUCUUCAACACCAUGGUCCGAGGGUGGCAACCUGGAGACGUCUCGCUCGUCGUCGACUCAGUCCUGAAGCUGUGGCACACUAAUGAUGGUUGCGCAAAACGCUCCUCCUGCAAGGCAUGCGAACAGCCGUUGGACCGGUCUUCGGAGGUCGUUAGAGUCUCCGAACAGGACGUGGGGCAGGUCGGCAACGGACGGUUCAUGUUCCGCGUCUUGACCAGGGACCCUCGUGGGAAGACCAACACGAAGUCGGAGUUGGACGAACGGGUUUCUAUCUUGACAGAGGCAAUCAUCGCCCAAGGACAUGCCGGUGGCGAGGAAUCGAAUGGUUUCGACGGCGCUCCGCUCGCACGAAGCCUUGGCGAUUCGUCCGUCACUUCAUCGAACCUGGGGUCAGAUACUCCGGACGCCUCACGCGCCUUCCGCGGCCAGUCCGUGUCGUCCGGGGACUACCCCCUACAAACUGGGCAGUUCUUGUCAACCGCACCGCUGGUGGACUCGACCAACGUAGAGAUUACGGAGAUCGGCGAUGUCAUCCUGCUGGCAAGGGAUAUUCCCGCGUUCUCCGGAGAUGAGCCGUCCUUGUUGGCAUAUCGCGCCACGGGUUCCGACGGGGACAAGGCGGACGGGGGGCUGGGGUGCGUCUUUGAGUCUUGUUGGCAAAGGAUGGUCAAAGGCACUGACGACGAUAUCCGGCACACCUCAAUGUAAAGAACGGAAGGUGGAGGGUUGAUCGGGGGGG